AUGGACAUUGCUCUUUUCUCUCCCUCUUCGCUUUUCGCCGGCGCCGACGGUAGCUCCUCCGAAGAGGAAAGGACAGAAAACCAUGAGAACUACGAGGAGAGAAAGCACCAGUUUCCUGCAAUGGAAUUGUUGAUCCGGGAAUUUUCUUUUCACCAAUUAAAUGCUAAUUUAUUAUGGCCCGGCACAUUUGCAUUUGCUGAAUGGCUGGUCGAACGCAGAUCGUGGAUAGAAGGAAGGAGAACACUCGAGCUUGGGAGUGGAACUGGAGCUUUGGCAAUCUUCUUGCGAAAAUCUUUUCAACUCGACAUUACAACAUCUGACUAUGACGAUGCUGAAAUUGAAGAGAAUAUAGCGUACAAUUGCCGGAUAAAUGGAGUUACCCCUGCCCUUCCACAUGUGAGACAUUCUUGGGGAGAUGUUUUCCCGAUUCCCCAACCAGACUGGGACCUAAUUAUUGCCAGUGAUAUAUUACUGUAUGUUAAGCAAUACACCAACCUUAUAAAGUCAUUAUCAUUUCUCCUUAAAUCUUACAAACCAAAAGCUGGUGAGGUCUUUGCUCGUAUCAGAGGGCAAAACGAUGAAUGCCCGCUCGGUCGGCCAGCAUUUGUUAUGAGCUGGCGGCGCAGGAUAGGGAAAGAAGAAGAAUCACUUUUCUUUACUGGGUGUGAGGAAGCUGGUCUGAAAGUCAAUCAUCUCGGGUCACGUGUGUAUUGUAUCACACGAGCAGGAGAAAACAUGUGA